AUGGACCGUGCUCUUACCCUCAACAUCAAGCCCACCUCUGGCCUGGAGUCCCUCCCGGACGAUCUCCUGCUCGACAUCACGGAGAAGUUCGCGACGGCGCGAGAUCUCGCCAGCUUUGGCUCCGCCUCUCGCCACCUCCAUUCCUUCACGCGGGAGGCCGGGUGGAAGACCUUCUGUCGUUCCUCCUUUUCUCCCGUUUUCGACAUCGCCGCCAGCAGGAUAUCCCGGCAGCGCUGGGAUGAGGUGGCGAAUCGGCUCACAUACCUGGAUCGCUGCUGGGAGCGGCGUGCAUUCUCCAUCUACAAAUACCAUGAAAUAAAGAAGAGCGGCCGCGGGAGAUCUCGGCGUGGCUUCUCCGGCGUGCAGAGCGUUUCUUUCCACCCGGCCCUGGAUGCCAGGGUGCUGUCAAAUACCUCCUCCAAGGAUGAGCAGGAACUGGCCGUCUGGGGCGUCGGGGAGGACCUCAUCACCAAACUCAAACCCCUGUACUCGGCAGACCAAGAGAGUUGGUUCAGACUUGAGGGCCGCGAGAGCGGCUACAGUGGGGGCUUCGGCGACGUGACCGCCGUUACCGCCAUCGAUCGAUCGCAGUCCCCAGAGGUUGUCGUUGGCAGGGCCAACGGGGACUUGAAGGUCAUCGCGGCUGCUGGCGAGGAAUUUGGGGCCGUCUCACAGUCUCUGACACCGUAUCAGGGAGCAGUGGAUCCCAAGCCGGAUGCCUCAUCCCGUCGAAGAUCACCAGCCCGUGUCGCCAUCUCCUGGACGGACUGGCAACCGCAGACGAACAUUCUGGCAAGCUGCCGGCACUCGAGUAUAACUCUUCAUGAUUUGUCAAACAAGGAGGAUAAGGAGCUGGACCCCAUGUGCCAUUAUGACCUCGCCCAGGAUUGUCCUAGCGACGAGAUGCCCUUCGUACGCAGCGCCAAGUUCCUCGGGAAGGACAUCAUUGCGUGCGGGUUGGGCGGAACCCGUCAGCCCCUCAGAUGGGGGCGCAUCACACCUACGGGGCUGGAAUUCUUCGAUGCAGUGCAGGACCUUUCGGACUAUUCCCACCUCACCGAUAUAGCCCGAAGCGGGAUGCCGGAGAAGACGACCGUGCGAGCUAUAGAGCCAGUCGGCUACGGGCACAGCGAGAGCCUCCUGCUCAGCGCUUGGGAAGAUGGGACAUACAGACUCAACGAUAUCAGAACCUCGUCCCCCUACGAUGCCAUGUACCGUGAUCGAUGGAGCGUCUAUGAGCCAGGCAGCUCUCUACUCGUCUACGGGACCCAGCGCUUCAUCGCUGGCAGCAACAUGUCCGAGUCACUCAUAUUCUUCGACUUCCGAAACUCGAAGCCAUACAACCACACCAGCGCUCUCCCCUGCUCGACCGACGCCCCUCGCCCAACUCCCCCAGGUCGCUCCAACGAGCCGGCUGCGUCUGCUCCAGUGUACGACAAGUGUUGCCACCUGCUCGGCCAGUCGUGCUCCUGGCACUCAAAGGCCGCCCAGGACUACUGGCGCCCAGACGCCAUACUUCACUUCGGGCAGUCCCGCUACGACCGCGUCCACGCAAUCGCCAAGGCGUCGAACCUCUCCGACUCCUUCUACUGCGGCGUAGACGGCUACGUCCUCGAGGUCAGCCUGAAGCUGGCCGAGGAUAUGGAACCCAGCAGCAGCAGCAAGCCCUCCGCGCCCGCGGGCUGGCAGUCCUCCAGGCCCCGCGACAAGAUCUCCCUCAUGGAGACCGGCGUCGGCCGGAUGAGGGGCCGCGACUGGGAGCAGCUCGACCUGGAGCUCCCCCAGCUGUGGCACCAGAGGAAGCCAGGCCACGGGAAAGGGGCUCACCAUCCCAAGCCGGUCAGGGGCUCUCGUCUGGAUUCCAUCUACUACGAUCCCUCCAACCGGUCACAGUGA